CGCCAUGGCUGCCAACGGCUACUACUACGGCGGCAACCAGCAACCUCCGAGCCACCAGACGGCCCCCUACUAUGACACCACGCACGCGCCCUCGUCAGAAUCAGAACUCGCGCAGGCCUACAACCCGGCCUAUGCAGAAGCUCAGUACGGGAACCCGUAUGGCGCUCCCGCGAACCACCACCAGCAGCAGCAGCCCACAACAGGUGCGUCGCCGUUUGAUACCGUGUUCGACGAUCCCGCAUACCCAACGAACGCGAAUCCAGGGCCGGGCGGCGCGAGCAGCAGCGACAUCUCCCAGCAGGGCUUCUACCACCAAGAUACGGGCUACUACGGGUCGAGGACGGAGAAUAUCCCGCUGCAGGACCACACGAGCAAGUCUCCCGAGGUCACUGAUCACAUCUACGACGCGCCGGCCGGGCAGUCGAGCCGCAGGCGGGACAAGAGAGGCAAGGUGCGCAUAGGCGAGCUGGGCAUGCUCGGCGCCAACAAGAAGCGCAUUCCAUGGCUGGUCUACAUCUUUUCGGUGGCGCAAGUCGCCGUCUUCAUCGCCGAGAUUGUGCGGAACGGUGUAUUGACGGGCUCUCCCAUCAUGAUCAAGCCGCAGUUCAACCCCAUGAUUGGUCCGUCAACACAGGUCCUCAUCAACAUGGGCGCCCGCUACGUGCCUUGCAUGCACAACAUCAAGGAAAUCCAAGGCUCCACGAUCCCCGUGCUGUUCCUGUGCCCAAAUGCGACCAAGAACACGCAAUUUUGCCCUCUUUCGGAGCUGUGUGGCUUCGGCGGCGACGUUCCCAAUCCCAAGUUUGACGGCAACGCCAACCAGUCGCCCAUUCCGAAUCAAUGGUUCCGCUUCAUCAUCCCCAUUUUCAUGCACGCCGGGCUGAUCCACAUUGGCUUCAACCUGCUCAUGCAGCUCACCAUUGGCAAAGAGAUGGAAAUUGCGAUUGGGUCGAUUCGAUUCUUCUUGGUCUAUAUGAGUGCUGGCAUAUUCGGCUUCGUCAUGGGAGGAAACUAUGCCGCCCCCGGUAUUGCGUCCACAGGAGCGUCAGGCUCUCUGUUUGGCAUCAUUGCUCUGACCCUGCUUGAUUUGCUAUACUCGUGGAAAGACCGACGAAGCCCCGUCAAGGAUCUGCUCUUCAUCGUCAUCGACAUGGUCAUUUCCUUUGUUCUCGGGCUGCUGCCUGGACUCGACAACUUCUCACACAUUGGCGGGUUCUUGAUGGGCCUCAUCCUGGGCAUCUGCGUGCUCCACUCUCCCAACUCGCUGCGAAGGAGAAUCGGCGAGGAUCCGUUAUACUCGGCGGUGCCUGGUGCCCCGGAGGCUGGGGUUCCCUUUUAUAAAAGCCCGGUUGGCUUCUUCAAGGGACGGAAACCUCUAUGGUGGGCCUGGUGGCUUGUUCGAGCAGCUGCUCUCGUGCUCAUCAUCGUCGUCUUUGUUGUUUUGAUCAACAACUUUUACAAGGUUGGCAACACUUGCAGCUGGUGCAAGUAUCUCAGUUGUCUGCCUGUCAAUGGAUGGUGCGAUCUUGGAACCAUCAAGGAGCAGUAG